AUGCAGAAUACGAAAUAUGGUGCAGAUGAAUGGGUAAUGCUCAUUGCUUUGAUCGGAAGUCUGGCUAAAGCCAUUCUUUACAUUGUAUUGGUCGAGAAAGCCGGACUGGGAUAUCAUAUCGAUGAUCUUGCAUACCCACACCAAGAUGUCACUCUUAUCAAGAAGGGAUUCAUCGCUCUCGAAAUAUUCGACUUCCCAUUGACAAUAACACCCGCAAAAAUCUCUCUCUUACUCUUCUAUGUACGCAUCUUCUACACACGCAGAUUCCAGGUGGCAGCGUACUUUGUCGGCGCCAUAGUCCUAGGACUAGGCAUUUCAGUCUUCUUUCAGACCAUCUUCCAAUGUUCAACUGUUGCAUAUGGAUGGGACCCUACUAUCGCAGAUGGAACAUGUAUCAAUCAGACCAUAUUCUAUCGUGCCGUCUCGCCGAUUAAUGUUGCUACUGGCGUGAUGAUUGUGGUAUUGCCGAUUCCCUUAAUUUGGAGAUUACAUGCGCGAACGUCUCAGAAAAUGGCUCUCACGGGUGUAUUUCUCCUAUCCGGUCUGGGAAUCAUCGUCAGUGUUCUUCGAAUGCUCAUCUACUAUACCAGCUCUCCAGCUGAGCUGAGUGAUGUUACCUGUGAGUAA